AUUUCUAUAUGCUGUAUUUCUACGUGCUGUAUUUCUACGUGCUGUAUUCCUACGUGCUACAUUCCUACGUGUUGCAUUCCUACGUGCUGUAUUCCUACGUGUUGUAUUCCUACGUGCUGCAUUCCUACGUGCUGUAUUCCUACGUGCUGUAUUCCUACGUGUUGCAUUCCUACGAGCUGCAUUUCUACGUGCUGUAUUUCUACAUGCUGUAUUCCUACGUGUUGUAUUCCUACGUGUUGUAUUCCUACAUGCUGUAUUCCUACAUGCUGUAUUUCUACAUGCUGUAUUCCUACAUGCUGUAUUCCUAUAUGCUUUAUUUCUAUUUAA